AUGCGUCCGGCACAGCUCCUCUCCUCGAUCGCUCUCUUCUCGGCUCUCAGCUCGGCUUCAGCACCAUGGUCUGAAUCCUUCCACCUCAAGGCCAUUCGCGACAUCAACGACUUUGUCUUCCCGCGACAGGACAACUCUGAUGCCUCGAGCGCAAAGUCCACAAACGACUCGUCCGCACAGUCAACAGCAAAGUCGACAGCGAAUUCCUCCAACAAGGACUCCUCGACCGACAACAGUGAUGCCUCCACUACCGGCUCCGACAAGAGUGCUGCCGCCUCAUCAGGUGCCUCCAAGUCGGAUGACUCUUCAGACGCCUCGACCACUGGCAAAUCGACUGGCGGUAGCAGCGGAACCAGCAAGGGUACAGCCACUACAAAAUCCUCAAAGUCAAAGACCUAUGGUGUUUCGGCCGGCUACGGCGGUAUCGCCAUGAUCACUCCCAACAUCUUCUCGUCCUCGUCAUACUACAAGGUCGGCCAGUACAUCACUUUUGCUUGGAACAUGACUUCUCUGUCCGUCACCCCCACCGCCCUCGACAUCAUGGCCUCCUGCGCUGCCAACAACAACAUGUACACCCUCGCUGUCAACCAAACAGUCAAUGGCUCUACCGGUGCCGUUACAUGGGACACUGGCGACUACCAGGCCACUGCCACUGUACCGCUACUCACCGAAACCUACACUCUUAUCAUUAUGGAUGCCGCCAUGCCUGCCGUUACUGCCACUGCUGUCUACGGUGGUCUUCCCGUCUUCAGCGGCCAUCGCUUCGGCAUGUACACUACACAGCCCUACCAAAACACCUCGGGCAACGACACCGAGAUCUACACCUGCAUAACCUGCAAGAGUGCUGCUAGUUCGCUAGAGAGACAACCUCUGGCAUUCAUCCUCGGCACUGUCUUUAUCACCAUUGCAACCUACACAAUUCUCGUGUGUGGCUUUGACAUAAUUUAA